GCCUUGACAAAGGAACCAAGAAAUGUUUUUAAAAAUCGUACUUGUCCUACUCUAACAAUGUUGCCUGAAGGUAUGGAUAUAUGGAUAUUGUCGCAUGUCGUGAAGGAUUUCUGUUUUAGUACAUAUUCAGCGAGAGCCUGAUUGUUAUGCUUUGUCUCUGGGGUUUCAAGAAAGGGGAUAGGUGAGGAAAGGGGAGGGUUUGGAACGACACAUCUCAGUAACUUUAGGCCGCUUGGCGCAAUACGCAGUGGUGCGUUCGUGCUGAACUACGCAGCACACAGUGCGAGAGGGAGCUCGAGCGCAGGUUUGUUGCUCAUUGAAGCGCGAAGAGCCGACAGCGCUGCAACGCUGUCUACCCCUGUGUGCACAGGGAGGAAAAUUUCAGGGAAAACAUUACAAAACCCAGACCAAAAGGGUCUCUUUUGGAUCUAGUGUAGACAUUAUUUCGCAUGGCACUUAGAAACAACAGGACUUCGUAUCUCACGGAUGCUUCAAAUCGGCAUAUUCUUCUUCGGUGUGAAUAGUUAACAUAACAAAAUAGACCUAACGCGCAGGUGAAGAUGGCGAGGGCACUGCCAGGGGUGACCGCACUCCCAACUUUUAGAAAAACGGGACAUUCGGUAUUGUUAGUAUUAUCAUUUAUUUACGGCUUAUCGGCUCAGGAGUUUCCUAUCAAUGGAGCGCACGGGUACAGUUUGCACCCACCUUACUUCAAUUUAGCAGAGGGGACAAAAAUCACGGCUACAGCAACCUGCGGCGAGGACGAGAACGGAAGACCGAUCCAGGACCUAUACUGCAAACUAGUCGGUGGACCAGUGUCUGGUGACCCCAGUCAAACUAUACAGGGCCAGUACUGUGACAUCUGUAGCGCGGGCGAAAGUGACCGAGCUCACCCUAUCACCAAUGCCAUUGAUGGGACGGAGCGCUGGUGGCAGAGCCCCCCAUUGUCCCGCAGCGUGGAGUACAACGAGGUCAACGUCACCUUGGACCUGGGGCAGCUCUACCAUGUGGCCUACGUGCUCAUCAAAUUUGCCAACUCCCCUCGUCCGGACCUGUGGGUGCUUGAGAGAUCUGUCGACUUUGGCAAAACCUACCAGCCAUGGCAGUUUUUUGCCUCCUCGAAAAGGGAUUGUAUCGAGCGGUUUGGCCAGCAGACCAUCGAGCGCAUCAGCAAUGACAACGACAUCGUCUGCACCACUGAGUACUCCCGCAUUGUGCCCCUGGAGAAUGGAGAGAUUGUAGUGUCUCUGGUGAAUGGGCGUCCGGGGGCCAUGAACUUCUCCUACUCCCCAGUGCUGAGGAACUUCACCGAGGCCACCAACAUCCGCCUGCGUUUCCUGCGCACAAACACACUCCUGGGCCACCUCAUGGGCAAAGCCCUCAGAGACCCCACUGUCACACGCAGGUACUACUACAGCAUCAAAGACAUCAGCAUCGGAGGGCGGUGCGUGUGCAAUGGGCAUGCUGAGGCCUGCAACGCCAAGGACCCCAACGAUCCCUUCAAGCUGCAGUGUGACUGCCAACACAACACGUGUGGUCCGUCAUGUGAUACCUGUUGCCCUGGAUUCAGCCAGUUGCCUUGGAAACCAGCGACGACUUACACUGCCAAUGAGUGUGAACCAUGUAACUGUCACAGACAUUCCUACGACUGCUAUUUUGACCCUGAUGUGGAGGCGAGGAGGGCCAGCAUGAACGCACAGGGAGAGUACAGGGGAGGCGGAGUGUGUAUGGAGUGCCAGCACCACACCACUGGAAUCAACUGUGAGCGCUGUAUCCCUGGCUACUACAGGUCACCUGACCAACCACUGGACUCCCCAUAUACCUGCUUGCCGUGUUCCUGUCAGUCUGAGUUCACUGACGGCACGUGUGAGGAUCUGACCGGGCGCUGCUACUGCAAGCCCAACUACACCGGAGAGAACUGCCAGGCCUGCGCCGAGGGCUACGUCAACUUCCCAGACUGCUAUCCCACCAUCCCCACCUACCCCAACAACGGCAACAGCGAGGCCAAGCCAGUGGGCGAGAUCAUCAACUGUGAGUGCAGUGCAGCUGGUACGGAGGGGAACUCGUGCCGGCCAGACCUGCGCACCCGUACCUGCAUCUGCAAGCCAGGCUUCACCGGGGAGCACUGUGACACCUGUGCUCCCGGUCACAACGGCCUCAACUGCCAUCGCUGCCAGUGUUCAGGGCCUGGUUGCCAGGAUGGGUCAUGUGACACAGUGACGGGGCAGUGCCUGUGCCGGACCGGCUUCCAGGGCUAUUCAUGCGAGCAGUGUGCCCCUGGGUACUUCCACUACCCUCUGUGCCAACUGUGUGGGUGCAGCACUGUGGGUUCUCUGCCCGAGAUGUGUGACCACUCAGGUCAGUGUCUGUGUAAGCCAGAGUUCCAGGGGCCUCGCUGUGAACAGUGCCGAUCAGGCUUCCACUCCUACCCCAACUGUCAGGUGUGCACGUGUGACCCACGCACAUCUCUGGACACCAGCUGCAGCGCUGCAGGACACUGCCGCUGCCGGCCCAACUACAGCGGCCAGAACUGUGACCAGUGUGCUCCUGGCUUCUACGGCUACCCCAGCUGCACACCCUGUCAGUGCUCCAGGAAGGGCUCUCGCUUUGACAGCUGUAAUCAGGUGACAGGUCAGUGUGCCUGCCUGCCCCAUGUAGUGGGGCUGCACUGUGACUCCUGCGGCUCCGGCUCCUAUGGCUUCCCCCAGUGCCAAGCUGGAACCUGCAACCCUGCUGGCUCUGUGCAGUAUGUGGCCCAACGUACUGAUGGCUCCUGUGAGUGCAAGCCUUAUGUGGAGGGUGUGGCCUGUGACCGCUGCAAGCCCCUCUACUGGAACCUGUCCCCAGACACGCCCUACGGAUGCGCUAGUUGUGAGUGCAACACUGCAGGAACAGUGAGUGGCGUUGCAGAGUGUAAACAGAACUCUGGCCAGUGUUUCUGUAAACCCAACGUGUGCAGUGGAACCUGCUCUGUGUGUAAAGAGGGGUAUUACAAUCUGCAGAAUGACAACUUCUUUGGCUGUCAGGGAUGUCAGUGUGAUGUGGGAGGUUCAGCUGGCAUGUCUUGUGGAGAUCGGAAUGGAAGGUGCCGCUGCAGGCCCAAUGUGGAAGGACUCAAAUGCAACAGGCCACGUCCUGAUCACUACUUCCCUGACCUGCAUCACAUGAAGUAUGAAAUUGAGGACGGCACCAUGCUGGAUGGCCGCCCAGUGAGGUUUGGCUACAACCCGCUGGAGUUCGAGGGCUUCAGCUGGAGAGGCUAUGCCCAGAUGUCUCCUGUCCAGCCCAGGGUGAUGGUAACAGUGGCGGUGAGCCCUCCAGAGGUCUUUCAGGUGGUGUUGCGCUAUGUGAACCGCGGCCCGGUGGAUGUGCAGGGCAGGGUGGUCGUGCUGGAGUAUGGUCUGGAGCAGUCCAAGGAGAUAGUGUUUGCCCCCAGCUCUGAGCCUGCCUUUGUCAGCAUCCCCCAGAACAGGUUUGUGGAGCCCUUUGUGCUGAACAACGGAACCUGGACCAUCAUCAUCGAGGCCGAGGGCAUUCUGCUGGAUUAUCUGGUGCUGUUGCCCAGUGCGUAUUAUGAAGCCCCCAUCCUCCAGUUCAAAGUCACCGAGCCCUGUACCUACAGUCCCUCCCAGGAUGCUAGUCAGAACUGUCUGCAGUAUCAGCACCUGUCGCUGGAGGAGUACCUUUUCAUCUCCGGUAAUGAUGCCAGCUGCAGGUCAGAUAACCACCUGCCCCGGCCCUGCCAGAGCGAGAAGAUCACCCAGAGACAUCCCACCAUGGCCAUCUGCAGCGGCAAUGAUAUUAAUGUGCAGUUGAUUGGCCAGAUGCACGCUCCAGGAGACUAUGCCAUAGUGGUGGAGUACGCCAGUGAGGAGGAGACCGCCCAGAUCUUUACCGUCACCGUCAACUCGCCCGGGGAGCGCACACACCAGGAGCGCAUCACUCUGGCCCACUGCAAGUACAGUUUCCUGUGCCGAGCGGUAGUUGUGGACAACCAGAACCGUGUGGCUGCCUUCUCCCUGUCCACUGAGAUAGAUCUCCAGUUCAUUGCAGACAGAGCAAAUUUCUUCCUGUACAAAGUCUUCCUCAUCCCCAAGAAAGAGUUCACCAUGGAGUACCUGGUGCCCAAGAUCCACUGCAUCAGCACACAUGGCCGGUUCUUACCUGACAGUGGCUCCUGUAUCCCCUCACGGUUCCAGACCCCACCUAAAUCUCUGUUAUUGAAGGAUGGCCAGGCGUCUUCUGUCCAGGAGCCCAUCCUGGCCUCUCCCUCUGAUCCAGAGACCGUUGCUGACUCCCCUCACUGGCCCGCCAGCGACCGGCCCUCCACCGCUGCUGCAGAGAACACCGACCUCAUCCGCCUGGACUCCACUCAGAAUGCUGUGGUGUACUCCACCCGCGUGACCGAACUGGGCCGCUACGUGUUCAUCCUGCACUACCACCAGCCUGAUCACCCCACCUACGCCACACAGGUUUACGUCAAUGGCGGUCGCAUCUGGCAAGGUCAUGCCAAUGCAUCCUUCUGUCCCCACGGAUACGGUUGCCGAAGCAUUUUGAUCGCAGAGAACCAGAUCAUCCUGGACGUGACGGACCAUGAAGUGAUUGUGAGGGUGCAUGUUCCAGAGGGCAAAACGCUCUGGCUGGACUAUGUGCUGGUGGUCCCAGAAAACAGCUACAGUUCCAGCUUCCUACACGAGGAGCCUCUGGACAAAUCCUAUGACUUCAUCAGCAACUGUGGACAGAACAGCUUCUACAUUGACAUGGACAAGUCCUCGGCGUUCUGCCGCAGGUCGGCCGUGUCUCUGUCGGCGUUCUUCAACGACGGCGCGCUGCCCUGCGGCUGCCACGAGGUUGGCGCCGAGAGCGACUCCUGCGAGCCCUUCGGUGGCCAGUGCAGGUGCCGGCCCAACAUCAUCGGCCGCGACUGCUCGCAGUGUGCCACCGGCUACUGGGGCUUCCCCAACUGCAGACCAUGUAACUGUGGGACUCGUUUGUGCGAGCCGGUGACUGGCGAGUGCAUCUGCCCCCCGCGGACCCUGCGGCCCGAGUGCACCCAGUGUGAGCCCGAGACCUUUGGCUGCCACCCGCUGGUGGGCUGUGAGCUGUGCAACUGUUCCCGACCCGGCAUCACCUCCCAGGACAUCAAAUGUGACUACAACAGCGGCCAGUGCAGAUGCAAGAACAACGUCAUUGGGCGCCAGUGUGACCGCUGUGCCCCCGGUUUCUAUGGCUACCCCAACUGUAGACCAUGUGACUGUAAUGAUGCCGGUACAGAAAGUGAUGUCUGUGAUUACCACACCGGACGCUGCCUCUGUAAGGAAAAUGUGGAGGGCUCUCGCUGUGACCAGUGCAGGCUUGGCACCUUCCACCUGGACCCUACCAACCCCAAAGGCUGCACCAAGUGCUUCUGCUUCGGAGCCACAGACCGCUGCCGCAGCUCUGACAAACGCAGGAAAGAGAACAUGAACAUGAUGGACUGGGUGCUGCUGAGAGGCGACCGGCAGGAGAUCCCCGUCUCCGUCUACCCCGGACAGGACCUGGUGGAGGCCGACCUCAGCGACGUCCCCGAUGUGUACCAGGACCUGCACUGGCAUGCCCCUCGCACCUACCUGGGGGACAAGGUGUCGUCUUAUGGAGGCUACCUGCGCUACCGCCUACACGCCCAGACCAUGGCUAUGAGAGGAGAUACUCUGUCCCUGCCUUCAGAGGCUUCUCGCCCUGAUGUUAUACUCAAGGGGAACCAGAUGACCCUGGUGUUCAUGGAGAGAGAGUACCCCACUCCUGAGGAUCCCCACGAGGGCAUAGUCCACCUGGUGGAGGGAAGCUUCCGGCAUGCCCAGACAGGUAACGUGGUGUCUCGCGAAGAGCUGAUGAUGGUGCUGGUGGGUCUGGAGUCGCUGCAGAUCCGGGCGCUGCACUCUCAGUCGGCCGAGGCUGUGUCGCUCCGCGCCCCCGUGCUAGAGGGUGCCGACAGCCUGCCCUCGGGUCGCCAUGCCAACAACGUGGAGAUUUGCAUGUGCCCAGCUAACUACCAGGGCGACUCCUGCCAGCAAUGUGCUCCAGGUUUCUACAGAGACACCAAGGGUCUGUUCUUGGGCAAGUGUGUUCCCUGCCACUGCAAUGGCCAUUCAGACCAAUGUCUGGAUGGGUCUGGAGUUUGUGUGAACUGCCGGCACAACACCGCAGGAGACCACUGUGAGAAGUGCCCGGGCGGUUUCCUAGGUAACAACAGCGUGGAAGGCCAGGCCGUGUCUUGCACCAGCUGCCCCUGUCCUCUGCAGGUGGCCUCCAACAACUUUGCCAUUGGCUGUGUGGAGAAAACACAUCAAAUGCACUGCCUGUGCAUGCCAGGGUAUGCUGGACACAAAUGUGAAAGGUGUGCUCCUGGUUUCUAUGGAAACCCCAUGGUGAUUGGUAGCACGUGUCUGCCCUGCCGGUGCCAUGACAACACUGACCCCAACAUGCUGUUCAGUGACUGCCACCCUCUGACGGGCGAGUGCCAGGGCUGCAUGCACGACACGGCUGGUCCCCAGUGUGAGAUCUGUGCCCCAGGCUUCUACGGAGAUGCUGUCAUUGCCAAAAACUGCACCAAGUGCAACUGCUCCCCAUGUGGCACCGCAUCAUCUGACCCCCACACUGGCCAGUGCCAAUGCAAGUCUGGUGUGACUGGAGACCUGUGUGACCGCUGUGAGGAUGGCGCGUUUGGCUUUGGCUCCUGCUCCGGAUGUCAGCGCUGUGACUGUGAGGCCUCGGCUGCCCUCCAACAGCCCUGUGACCCCAAGAGUGGCUCCUGUGCCUGUCAGCCCGGAGCCAACGGGCCUCACUGCCGCCAGUGUGCUCCAGGAUACUGGGAUUAUGGCCCUAAUGGCUGCAAGAAGUGUGCAUGUAAGGCGGGCCGAUGCGACCCCCGCACAGGAGAGUGCAGGUGUGCAGAUGGCCUCACUGGGAAACAGUGUGAUACCUGCAUCAAUAAGCACAGCGUGCUUGUUCAACGUGGAGACAUGUCGUACUGUGAACCGUGUGAUACCUGUGUGAUAGUUCUGCUGAAGGAUCUCGAUGCGAUGACCCAGAACUUCAACUCUGUGGCCCAUCAACUCACUAGCCUCAAUGCCAGUUCCAUCGCCUGGGGCCAGUUAAACAACCUCAACACAUCCAUUGAGGCCAUCGCUAAUGCCAUAGAGAACUACAAUGGCAGCCUGGAUGUGAGCAGAAGUCGAGCCGACAUGCUGGACGGAGAGCUGCAGAACAUCAACUCUGAUAUUGAUGAACUGGAAACAAAGGCUGCUGUGACGGGUCGCAAGGGCGAUGACCUGGAGAGAAGCACCACCUCCACCCACAGGAGGGCAGAGGACCUUCUCAGCUUCAUCAAAGGCAUCAUGGGAGAUGUGGAUGACAUCAUCAAACUAGUGAACCGCACAGCCAUGAACGAGACGUCGGAGGAGCCUGAGGAGGCCCUGUCUGAGAAGCUGGCCGAGGUGGAGGCCAUGCUGAAGGAGAUGCGCUUCCGUGGCCUGGACCAGCAGCGGAAACUGGCCGAGAACGAGAAGGAGGAGGCCAACACACUGCUGGACCGGGUCAAGGAUGAUAUGGCAAACCGCACGACUGCUAAUGAGGAUAAGGUUCAGGCCAUCAGAGACUACCUGAAGAAGUUCCAUGACCAGCUCAUGGACCUGAGAGACGCGCUCAAUGACGCUGUCAAGGACACGGCCAGCUCCACCGAGAUCAACAACCUGAACCAGAAGAUGCUGGAGGAGAUUCAGGCAAAACUGGCGGAGCUGAAGGAGAAGGAGAAGGAGGUGAAGGACCUGCAGGAGAUGGCCGAGGACGAUGUGGCUCAGGUCAACGACCUGCUCGUCAUGCUGCAGGACUCUAAAGAGGAGUACGAGAAGCUGGCAGCCCAGCUGGAUGGAGCGAGUAAGCCUCUGGCUCAGAAGGUGCAGAAGUUUGCCCCAUCUGCCACCAAAAUACCCCUGGUGGAGGCAGCAGAGAAACAUGCUGAGAUGCUCGAUGAACUUGCUCGUAACCUGUCUAGCGUGAUCGCAGGGAGCAAUAAGGACGGCUUCAUCCAGCGCGCCUUUAACGCGUCCCGCGCCUACACCAACAUCAUCGACAGUGUGAACGAGGCCGAGGCCGCCGCCAAUCAAGCCAACAAAGCAGCCAUGGAUGCCCUGGAGAAUCUGAAGAACUUGUCUCUGAAGCAGCGGGCGGAGGACAUGAAAAACCAGAGCAUUGAGUUUGUGGAGGAUGCCACCUCUCUGCAGAAUCAGCUGGAAGACGAUGUGAAGCCCAACCUUGACAACCUUAAGGACCGUCUAAAGGAAGCCAAGGACAAGCAGAAGACAUUGCAGGAGGAUCUGGAUACGAUACAGCAGAGCCUAAACAUGACUGCAGAUGACACUGCUGACACUAUAAAUGCAGCUAAGAGUGCGGCGGAGCAGGCCAACAGCACCAUCGCCCAGGUGGUGGACACGCUGGGACCCAUCAAGGAGCAGCUGCAGAAGUGGCAGGACCAGUACGGAGACUCCAACACCACCACUGAUGACAUUAACAAUGCCCUGAUGGAGGCCAACAAGUCAAUGAGUGCUCUUGGAGACACCAUCCCUCUGCUCUUGAAGAAACUGGACCGUCUAGACUCGGUCCAGAUGCCCAACAUCUCUGAGAACAUCCUGCGCAUCCGCCAGCUCAUCGCCCAAGCCCGCAAGGCUGCCAGCAAGGUGAGUGUGCCCAUGAAGUUUAACGGCACGGCCGGCGUGCAGGUGCGCACCCCCAGCAACCUGGCGGACCUGGCGGCCUACACCUCCCUCAAGUUCCACAUCACCCUGCCCGAGACCAGCCGCAAGCGCAGGCAAGACAGCAACCGCCAGUUCGUCUUCUACCUGGGCAACAAGAACUCCAGUAAGGAGUUCUUAGCCAUGACACUGGAGGGCAAGAGGCUGCGCUGGCUCUUCAACGUGGGGGGAGACACGGCUGAGGUGACGACUCAGGAGGACGUCAUGUCAGGCGGGAACUUCAACAGCAUUAAUCUAGAGAGGAUCUUGCAGUACGGACAGAUGGCCAUGAUAUUCGAUGAGAAGGAGAGGCGAGAGGUGAAACAGAAUGUUGAGGCCAAAGGAGACAGCGGCCUGCUCAACCUGAUGACCGCGGACACCGUCUUCUACGUGGGAGGUUACCCUGAAACCUUCAAGCCCCCUCCCCAGCUGGAGCUGCCACACUUUAAGGGCUGCAUCGAGCUGGAGACCCUGAACGAGGAGGUGCUCAGCCUGUACAACUUUGAGCAGUCCUUCCAGCUCAACACCACUGAGGUCAAACCCUGCGCUAGAGGAAAGCCUACACUGAUCCAGACGUGGGUGAGCGACGCGGCGUACUUCGAUGGCAGCGGCCACGCCGAGGUCACCUUCAAGCUAGACAGCUCACCGCAACGCUUCGAACAGGAAGUCCGGCUCAUCUCUCACAACGGCAUCCUGCUGCUGCUGCAGAACGAGGGAAAGUUCCUGUGUCUGGCAGUGCGUGACGGCAUCCUGGAGCUCUACUUUGAUUUCACCGGUACGCUAGAGAUGGCAACUGCCCUCAAAGUCCAGAGAGUCAGCGACGCCGAACCCAAACCUAUUGAGGUGAUCAUCAUUCAGAAGAGCAAGCGCGUGGUGGUGAGGUGCGAGAGAAGCAACGUGUACAACGUCCUGGUCCCCACCAAUAUCCCCAAGUUCACUGGGUCCUACUACCUGGGAGGGGCUCCUGAAAGCAGCAUGCCAGAGAGCCUAAAGGCAUUGUUCCCGAGGGGAGGCUCCAUCAAAGGCUGCCUCAGGGGCAUAAAGGCCAUGAGCUCCCACGUGGACCUGAAGAGAAUGAACAGCACCGGCCUGAGCUACGGCUGCCCAGACGACCGGCUGGUUGUGCGCGAGGCCCACUUCACAGGCCAGAGUUACCUCAACAUGAAGCUGGACCAGGCCCCGGGCCUCAAGGACAACUUCUACGCUGGAGUGGGCUUCCGUACAGAGCAGAAGGAGGGGCUCAUGUUCUACCACCAGGCUUCGGAUGGAGUGUGCCAGAUGUACCUGGACAAGGGCCACGUUGUGGUGAGGGCUGGAAACAGUCAAGUUAAGAGUCAGAAGACUUACAACGAUGACAACAGCCACUAUGUGGCUUUAUACAGCAACAGCAAUGGGAUCCGUGUCUAUUUGGACGACGAUCUGGAGAAGGAGGCUUUGGCAGAAAAAGGCAAUCGUAAGGCACAGGACGUGGGCCCUCUCUACCUGGGUGGCACCGACAAUAAAGAUGGCAUGGCCAACCUCACUGGCUGCCUCAGCAACAUCUUCGUCAAGAGGACCACUUUAACGCAGACGGUGCUGGAUCUGAUCAAAGCCACAGAGAAUGUCAACGUCCCUCUGGACUGCCCAGCGGCCUCUAAACCCCAACAGAUCCUGGCCUCUCCACCUCGCCACAAGAACCAGAAGGGCAAACACAAGAAGCCGGCGGGCGGGUCUAAUGGUCACACUGCUCGUGAGUCAUGUCAGCCAGAGCCGUUCACUCAAGAACCCAAAGCCCUGCACUUCAGCGGUUCCUCUCACAGCCGCCAGCGCUACAACUCCCUCCCCGCAGCCUUGGGCAGAUCUCACAUAUCCAUGGGGGUGCGCUUGAACUCCUCCGACGGCCUGAUCCUCUACGCCGGAGGAGAGAAGGGAGACGCCACCGUGGCCCUGUCCGUCAGCGAGGGCCGUCUGCAGCUCCACUUCCUUGGGGGCAAGAGGAAGAUCAGCAUGACCAGCAGCAAGAAGUACAACGACGGUCUGUGGCACGAGGUCGUUGUGAAAAAGGAGGGAGACCAAGUGCGUCUGAUAGUAGACGGCAUUGACACCCACAGCAAGAAGGUGUCAGGAGGGGAGAGGAGCUCCAUCAAGCCCCCUCUUCACAUCGGAGGUGUCCCCGCAGACCUGGCUCCUGCACCCUCGUUCCCCGGGCCUGCAGGUUUCGUGGGCUGCGUGAAGGAGCUGAGGGUGAAUGAACAGGCCCUGGACAGCCCAGCCGAGAGCGUGGGGGUGGUGCCCUGCUACCAGGAGCCUCUGCAGCCAGGCGUCUACUUCUCCAGCGAGGGAGGACACCUGCUCAUAGAUGAGUCCCUGGUGUUGAGUCGUGACCUGGAGAUCCAGCUGGAUGUCCGGCCCGUGUCCGACUCUGGGCUCCUGCUCCACGCAGGGGGUUACAAGGGCCAGCAGCUCAGCCUGUACCUGCACCAUGGAGAGGUAUCAGUGGUGAUGAACAGCGGUAAUGGUGAUUUCUCUGUGUCUCUCUCACCGGAGGAGUCACUGUGUGAUGGCAGGUGGCACAGUAUUAUGAUUGUGAAGAAGAGUAAUGUGAUCCAGCUCCACGUGGACACAGCCAGUCAACAUGGCGUUGGACCCAAACAGAAGCGGACAAAUGGGGGCAAAAAUAAAGUGUACCUGGGCAGUGCUCCUGAUGCGGCAAAAAUUCCUGGCCUCCCUGCCUCUCUCCCCUCAUUCCAUGGCUGUGUGAGACAAGCUGUGCUGAACCACAGACCCACCAUGCCGUCCAAGCCCAUGUCUGUGUCCGGAGCCGUGGCCACCCAGGGCUGUCCAGCCAUGUAGACCCCCAGGCACAGUCCCAGUCCCUACUGUACACCUCCAUCUGGCACAGCUAGUGUCCAACUCUUCAAUCAUGGGUGGUGGGCUUACUUAGUUAAUUUAAAUAGAUAUUUAUAUUUUUUUGUUUUAUACAAAUGUAUAUUUUUUUCUGCAUCAUUUUAUUUUAUAUACCAGCACUGUAAGUGCUAAGGAGUAUGAGAGACCAUCUUUAAGCCUAAAGGGAGGACCACUUCCUCAUCUGACACUCAUCUGACACACCAAGCUUUGAAUCUGGCACUUCAUUAUCAUGUGUUUAUGUAUUUUAGAUAACUGCACAAUUUGUAAUCAUUAUGGGAGCAAUGUAUACCCAGGGCCAGACUUCAUUCACAUAUCUAUUGGCUUAGUAUUUUUAAAUUCAAGCAACAUCACGCAAGUCAGCUCGCGGUCAUGUUGAGAGGCACGAUUGAUGUUGGGUUUCAAACAUUAAAUCACUUGAGUGAGUGUAUUCAGUGCCCCAUGUACACUGGGUGUACACAGAUCAUGCAGACACUGGCAUGGCUAUGAAAAAUAUUACUUAAUGUUUUUUCAAACUGAGAAUUCCAACCCAACACGAAGAUGGAACCUAUAAUUCCUGACUACAUGAAGGUCCUUUUGAAAUACCACUGAAAAAGUAAUUACUUCGGGAAAUACCGGUGAACUUUAGAGUUUCAAAGGUUGUUGUAGAUUGCCUUUCCCAUGACCUGUUUGAGUUUGGCCUAAUUGUAUUACAUAUCUAAUUUCACUUUUUUUUUUUUUUAAAUCGGAUCCCCUAAAAUGUUAUAGUUGUAUUUUUAAUGGUUUUAAUAAACAGUUCUUUGAUAAAA